AUGAAGGGUGCAGUUCUCGCCGCAGCAUCGCUGCUCGGCAGUGUGAGUGCCGGUGUUCACAAGAUGCCUCUCAAGAAGGUAUCUUUGAGUGAGCAACUUGCUACGGCCAAUAUGGAUACUCAUGUCAAGCAUUUGGGACAAAAGUAUAUGGGUGUUAGACCUCAAUCUCAUGCCAGUGAGAUGUUCAAGGAGACUUCGGUUCACCUUGAGGGAGGCGACCACACUGUUCCGGUUUCCAACUUCCUUAAUGCUCAAUACUUCUCCGAGAUUACCAUCGGAACACCACCACAAACAUUCAAGGUCGUCCUUGAUACCGGAAGUUCCAACCUUUGGGUUCCAUCAUCCGAAUGCGGUUCGAUCGCGUGCUACCUUCACACAAAGUACGACUCAUCCUCAUCCUCUACAUACGAGAAGAAUGGAACAUCAUUCGAGAUCCGAUACGGUUCGGGAAGCUUGAGUGGUUUCACCUCUAGAGAUGUUAUGUCUAUUGGUGAUCUUGAGAUCAAGGAUCAAGUCUUCGCCGAAGCUACCGAAGAACCAGGUCUUGCAUUUGCUUUCGGCAGAUUCGACGGUAUCUUAGGUCUUGGUUAUGAUACCAUUUCUGUCAAUCAGAUCGUCCCACCUUUCUACAACAUGAUCAACCAAGGACUUUUGGACGAGCCAGUUUUCGCUUUCUACUUGGGUGACUCUAAGGAUGAGGGUGAUGAGUCCGAGGCUAUCUUUGGUGGCGUUAACAAGGAUCACUACGAGGGCAAGAUCACCGAGAUCCCAUUGAGACGUAAGGCUUACUGGGAAGUUGACCUUGAUGCUAUCUCCUUUGGUGAUGCUAAGGCCGAUCUUGACAACACUGGUGUUAUACUUGACACCGGAACUUCUCUCAUUGCUGUUCCAUCCACUCUCGCUGAGCUUCUUAACAAGGAGAUUGGUGCUAAGAAGGGUUGGAACGGUCAAUACUCGGUCGAUUGUGCCAAGCGUGACAGUCUUCCAGAUCUUACAUUCACACUCAGCGGUAAUGACUUCGCUAUUACCCCUUACGACUACAUUCUUGAAGUUCAAGAUUCUUGUAUUUCCACAAUCAUGGGUAUGGAUUUCCCAGAGCCAGUCGGACCUCUUGCUAUCUUGGGUGAUGCAUUCCUUCGAAGAUAUUACUCUGUCUAUGAUCUUGGCAAGAACACUGUUGGGACUUGCUAA